AUGGGACAAACCUUCAAGUUGUCUCUUGCUGGGCAACUCCUACUGAAGACAUCAACGGAUGGUUUCGAGUUCUACGACGAUUUUUGCACAACUCCAAUCGGCUCACAAAUCGAAAUGACGAUCCGCGAAAAUGGACAAGAAUCCGAAGUUCUCUGGCAAUCCCGAGUUUUCAAAUUCACAAACUCUGAAAAUGUCUACAUGCACUGCAAAGUCAAUGUCUGCAUCGAAGACUUUGAUGGUAGCUGCGCUGUCGAAUGCGCAAAAUCUCGAUCUCCAAGAGAUGUUUCUUACGAUGGUCAAAAUGUUGUCUCCCUUGGUCCCAUUCGAUUCACUGGCUAUUCCAAAGCUGAGUACUUGAUAAUUGAUCCAGCGACAGGACUCGUUGGGGAACAAGGAGAAGAAGCAACUUUUGAUGCCGAGUUUAACUUUAUCAACCACUUUCUAAUCGCACUGAUAACGCUUAUCACAAUGGUCAUGCUCGUUGCAAUUUAUGGAGCGACAAGAAAAUGCCCAACAGAAGACUCGACUCUUGCAUAA